UCUUGCAAAAUAUAUGCAUUUAUCUAUAUGCUGUGGUGGUUUUCAAGCAUUACCUUGAGCUGCUGACGUGGUAGGAAGAGAUCAUUCAUUCUUGGUGUGUUUCUAUGAGGCUUGUUUGUCCUGGAGGCUUCAGUGUGACUUUCUUCUCACCUCCUCGCCAGUGCUCCACGUGUAUGUUGGCAAAUGGCAGCAAAGACUGAUGGUACACACUCCAAGGAGGGACAUUACAGGGUUGCACAGGUGCCAGGUGUCAUGUUCUGACUUCUCCUCAGGACCUUCCAGCUCAGGAGCAGGAUUAGCCCUUUUAAUAGGAAAAGGCUAUGAAGCAUCUGCUCCAGCAAAUGCUCAGGAACCUUUGCUUCUCUUUCACUGUAGAUGCAACGUCCCUUUGAAGGGUGAAGUGAUAUUCCAAUAAGGCUGGUGGCUUUAAAAAAUGUUGAUUGGCCCCUUCCUUGUGCCUAAACAAAUUUAUUUUGCUCCUUAUUGUCAACUGUGACACAUAUUCUAAUCUGUUUGAGAUUAAGGCUGGAUCUACUUUGCCAUAUAAUCUAGUUUGAACUGCAUGUACAAUGCAGUUUGAACUGCAUUAUGUGGAUCUACAUUGACUGAUACGGCAGUGUAGAUCCAGCCCCAGACAAGGUGAUGCGAUGAUGCUAUUGCUUAGCGCUGUAAUGAUUUGGUGGCAUUUUAAGUGUCCCCAAGACAGGCUGACAUUUAUACGCAUCACAGCAGGAAAAGGGGAUAAUGUGACAAUUUGAACUGAGUGGGAAUGGUUCAACUGCAGCUUAGGUUUGUGAUAAGGAGGGGCCAGAGAAAUGCCUCCAUCUGGACAAAGGGGGAGGAAGGAACGAAAAAAGGCGAUGGUUAUUUAUUAAAUGGUUUUUGCAUCACCUAUUUGUACAGCUACUGUGGCACUAUUAUAUGUUUUGAUGUAUUUUAGCCUACAAUGUUCUACUUUCCUAAACAAUUUGGGUUGCUGAAUCUCUAAACUCAUUUUGUGCCACUUAGUGUCUCCUCCACCCUUUCCUCUGGCUUUGUGAAGUGUAUCUUGCUUAGUUUAAAUCCAAGGCCAAUAUUUCGGAUCGUUCUGUAUAACACUGAAAUUAUAUUGUUGGUGUGUAUGGAAUUCUGAUCACUCUAAACCACUACCCUGAAGGAGACAGAUUUUCUUGUGUUGUGGAGAGCUCUUUUGCUCUGGCUUCAGUUUGCUUUGGCGGAGAAACAAGGCUCCCUUUCUUUUAUUUCCCAUUCUGUUCUUCUCUUUCUUUUUCUUAAAAGGGGGCAAAAUCUUCCUUAAACGUAGCUUGAGUAUACUGAUUAUGAACCAGAACACAAAAAGGCCCGAUGGAUCAAAAGAAUUUGCAUGGGCAGUUGAGCAGGAGGUGAAUAUUUAACGCUUUUGUUCAUCAAUAACUCCUUUGGCUUUGACCUGUCUGAACAAGUCUCUACCAUAAGGUGAAACACAGGUCACAGCGUCUAACAAAUAUGAAAAUUUGUGCUAUUGCUCGAAAUAUCUGCGAGAGAUCUUUGGCUCCGCUCACUGAUUUCUAUCCUGUUCUUUUGCCUCUUCUCUCAAAAGCAACAUAUUUUGUCCGAAAAGAAACACAGAUUUUCUGUAGAGCUGGCUGCUAAUGUGUUUUGUGGUUGAAAACUUAUUAACCAACAGCAGCAAGACAAGGAAGAACUCGCCCAGUCUUGUAAUAAGGAACUAUAAUGCUUUUCGGAAAAAAGAAAGAUAAGGCUUUAAGCAGCUCAGGGCCCUUCCAUACAGCCAUAUAAAUCAGAAUAUCAAGGCAGAAAAUCCCACAAUAUCUGCUUUGAACUGGGUUAUCUCUGUUCACGCUGCCAUAUAUUCCAGUUCAAAGCAGAAAAUGUGGGAUUUUAUUCAGCUGUGUGGAAGGGGCCUCAGAAAAGAGAGUUGAAGUGAAUCUAAAGACCAGUUUGAUCUCCUCUUUCCAUUAUAAGAAGACCAUCUUCCUUGAAAUAAAAGCCCUCCCUCCAAAACCCAAGAAAAAGAGCAGUUCUCUCCUUGGGAAACCAACGACUCACGAUGUUUGAUGCCCUCCACAGAUCUAAAAACCCCUAUUCUUUAUCGCUGGUCAGAAAAGUGGAGGGAAGGAGCAAGAGAGAGAGAGAGAAGAGAGGGGAUUGACAACAAGACCGGGUCAUCCACAAUACAUGAACUUUUGGACUCCAGUCUGUUGCUGUCGACAACGCAGAAAUAAUGAAACACUGGGAUUUGUUUGUAAAUGAUUUAGAAUGACCCCGCCCUGCCCUUCACCAUAAACGCCACUAUCCGAAAAACUGAGACCCAGAUAGAUUUCCCUAUUAGGUGGAAGGCGUCAAAAGUCAAGGCAUUACUUUUGUUUUAAGAGAAAGUUAGAUUUGUGUACUGAGAGUCAAUCCUUUCCGCAGUGUUUUAUUUUAAUUUGAAACCAUAAUUUGAUCUUGUUAGUAUUAUUAAUACCACCAUUAUUUCAAAUAGUAUUAUUUCAAAUAUUAUUAUUAACAUUAUUAUUUAAUAUUAUUAAAUAGUAUUAUUUCAAAUAGUAUUAUUAAUACCACUACUAUAUCAAAUCAAUGAAAAAAACACUCCAUAUUCUUGUGAGCAGCCAUCAUCUAUCAUCAAGGAAAUUCCAUUUCCUCCAGAGCCCAUUUAAAUGCCGAAACACAUCCGUAGCUUUGUCACUUCAAAGAUCACAAAUCCGUCGUUGGGGUAUAUUUAUAACGAUAAUAAUACAUGUGUCUGGGGACUUUUUAUUAUUUUUCGGGUGUUUGGGGAUAGGGUGGUGGGGAGAUGGAUCUUCUCUCGUGAAAUCAUCCCAUUUUUUCCCACCCGUGAUCCCAGACUUUUACCCCCAACAGAAAGUAGUAUGGAUUCCUCGGAAGAAAACCAAAGGGAUCCGGACAUUGCAGAGACCUGCCUUUUGUCACCUUGAGUAAGAUGAAAAACAGAAUGUUAUUACGUUGUCUAUAUAUACCCUGUAGAACCGAAUUUGUGUGGUAUUUACACAGUCACAGAUUCGAUUCUAGGGGAAUAUAUGGUCGAUGCAAAAACUUCACUUUUCUGCAAAUGGUUAGAAGUUUCACAGGUAGAAGAAAUCCCAAGAGAGAUGCAAUGCUGGAUGCUGUAUUUUCUAGAGCCAAGGACAUUUCGUCACAGCGCCUUCUCUGUUGUUUAGUCAUGCAUCCUAUCAUAAACUUGUCCAUAUACAUAUAAUUAUUAGCACCAAGAAUCUGGGGGAAAAUAUCUACCUGAGCAGCUAAAUGCUUCCAACAACAACAACAAUUCUGAUUAUAAUGGUGGUGGUAAUAAUAAUAAUAAUAAUAAUAAUAAUAAUAAUAAUAAUAAUAAAAGAGAUAGGUGUAUUGUGUUGGCGAAGGCUUUUAUGGCCGAAAUCACUGGGUUGCUGUGAUUUUUCCGGACUGUGUUCCAGAAGCAUUAUCUCCUGAUCUUUCGCCCACAUCUAUGGAAGGCAUACUCAGAGGUUGUAUUAUUCUAGAUGAUGCAAUUAUAAUAAUGAUGAUAAAAAGAUGGCUAAACCGCACACUCCCUUUCCCAUGUCCUGAUUCCCCCCCUCCCCCCCCCCAUAUUUUUAUUCUAAACGUUGGGAACAAUAGUAUCGAUUUACAGGUUCUGGGAAUGCAGAACCUGUAAAUCGCAACUGAAUAUGGGAAUGGUCUAAUACAAAUUGAAUGUCGUGAAUACACACACACACAUGAAUAGCUGAACUUCAUAACUCUCCCAACAGUUCCUUGCCAUCUGAAUAUUUUGUGAAUAUUGUUGUAAUUAUUUUGUGAAUAUGAUUUGUUAAUAUUUUCAUGGCUAUUUUUGGGAAUAUUUUUAUGAAUAGUUUCAUGAUUAGUUUUGUGAAUAUUUUCAUGAUUAUUUUGUGACUAUUUUGUGAUUAUUUAAUUUGAAUAUUCUCAUGAUGAUUUUCGCGAAUAUUUUUUGUGAAUAGGUGGGGUUAGUUGUUUUGAAACAAGAUCUUUGUUGUCACCAUUCCCGGGUAAAAAUCGACCCUGGUUACUCAUUGCCUGAUUAUUUUUUUUAUUCUGCCCAGCGAGAUCCUGGGUAACUUUUGGUUGACCCCGACCAAACAAAGGCAAGGCAGAUCAAUUGUACUUCGAGCCCCACUUGUUUGAGGUCGCCUCCUCCUUUUCCUGAGAGUCAAGGCUUGCUCCAUUCCUCUGUCUUCACUGAGUUGGCUUUUCUUGGCCCAAACGUAGCCAGGUCGUGUCCACCAUUUAAACCACAAGGCACCAGAUGUUAGCAAAGUCAAUGGAGACAAUAGACGUUGAUUUACCUGGGGUGGGGGCUUUGCUUGGCUUGGUUGGGGGGGGGAGGUCGAGGGCGGAUGGGGUUGUGGGAGUUGUCACAAGGAGCCGGUUCGUGGCAUUGCUACCUCUUCUUCUUCGGGGAGGCACCACGCAUGACCGCAUGCGGGUGUUCCCCCCCUUCCCCCUUAUAUUAUUUAGAGAAAUUUGUGAAAUUAUGAGGUACACACACGAAAUCCGGUGAUCACCCUCCCCGCCUCGCCAUUGGCUGCGCGGGUCACGUGGGCGGCCAACUUUAUUCAGUUGACAGCAAGUAGGAGGGCUUUGUGGGGAAGGGGGGGAGGAAAAAAAAGACAACACGAGAGGGAGAAAAAAAUUAGUAUUUUCCACCUCCCCGAAAUUAAUGGCCAUGAGUUCGUACAUGGUGAACUCGAAGUACGUGGACCCCAAAUUCCCGCCCUGCGAGGAGUACUUGCAGAGCAGCUACCUGGGCGAGCAGGGUGCUUCGGACUACUACUCGGCAGCCCCGCCGCCGGGCCCGCCGGCUUUCCAGCACCAGGGCAUCUAUCCGCGGCCCAACUACGGAGAGCAGCCCUUCGGAUGCGGCGGAGAUGCCCCGGGACCGGCUGGGGGGCCUCCUCCGCCGCCGCCUCCUCCUCCGCCUCGGGGUCACGGGCAGGAGCAGCCCCGGCCGCAGGGGCCCUUCCCGGAGCCUCCCAGGCCCUGCGGACAGCAACCCGGCCUCAAAAACCCCGCCAACGGGUCCCCGGCGGCCCUGAAGCAGCCCGCGGUGGUUUAUCCCUGGAUGAAGAAGGUCCACGUGAACUCGGUGAAUCCGAAUUACACCGGAGGAGAACCGAAGCGCUCCCGGACCGCCUACACGCGGCAGCAGGUCCUGGAGCUGGAGAAGGAGUUCCACUUCAACCGGUACCUGACCAGACGCCGCCGGAUCGAGAUCGCCCACACCUUGUGCCUCUCCGAGAGGCAGAUCAAGAUCUGGUUCCAGAACCGGCGCAUGAAGUGGAAGAAGGACCACAAGCUCCCCAACACCAAGGGCCGCUCCUCCUCCUCCUCGGCUCCAGCCCAACACCUACAGACCGUGUCCAAGGACCGCCAGGCGGACUUGACGACUUUGUAAGGCCCUGAGGUCCGCUUCCUCAGUUCGGAUCUAAAGGGGACAGGCACGGAGGCCCUCCGGAGGCAAGGACUGGGAGGGAAGGACCCUCAGACCCUCUUCCCUCGUGGGCUCCUCUCGAGCUGCGUCCACACCAGGACAACAACUCCCGAAGGGUCCUAACCCGGCGUUAAGGUACUGGAGACAAACCCAACGGGGGUUGUCGUCUUCCUUCCUUCCUAGGCAUCUUGCUCAACAGCAGGAACGGACAACCAAAUCAAACCAACCAACAAACAAACUGCAUCCAGGUGGUGAGAAAGUGAUAUAAAUAUAUCUAUAUAGCUAUAAAAGAGAAAUAUUUUUAAAUAAACCUCGGUGGACAGACACACAACAAACGCGCCAUUGCUGGUGUUGCGCCUGCAAUCUACAAGUGGAAGCUUGGGGUGGGUUAUCAUUUGCCUAUUUUUCUCUGGUUUUGGCCCCACUUCCAGACACUCUUCGGGGGUUACUCUUUUUUGGUAAGUCCCAAACCGAUCUCUUUGAGAAUGGGUUGCUGUGAGUUUUCCAGGCUGUAUGUUCCAGAAGCAUUCUUUCCUGACGUUUCGCCUGCAUCUAUGAUAGGCAUCCUCAGUGGUUGCGAGAUCUUUGGGAGUGAUUUAUGAAAAACGCGGUCUGUUUUCAAGGAAAGGGUCCCUUUCUCUUCCUCUGACUUUUCAGAAUUUUUUGUUAAAGAAAAUGAAACGGGUUGUUUUAAUUGUGUGUUUUUUAAAAAACGUGUUAGUAUAUUUAUUUAUUUGUUUGUUGGGGGGAAAGUUAGAAACCAAAACCAAAACAAACCCCAGAGAGGGUGAAUCGAGUAUUCUUCCUCCCAUCCUACAAAGCUGAUUGUGAUUUUGUUUGUAAAAAUAAAAUAAUAAUUGUCCCCUUUCCCUUCCAACUCCGCAGUUUUCUCGGCAUCUUCUGUACAUAGCAAAAAUGUGUUCUAGGAUUUAGAGAUGGGGACGAAAUCUGAUAUCCUUUUGGAAUUAAAUGGUCUCAAAACCUUUUCCUUUUCGUUCAGACUUUGUAUUUGGAGUCAGUGGGAAAUGGUGGGUAAAUUUGAAAACAGAUUGGAAAUAAACAAAACAAAGGAGAGAGAGAGAGAGAGAAACAAAAAUAGCGAAUAUUGCAAGCUAGUGGGUUGCUGUGAGUUUUCCGGGCUAUAUGGUCAUGUUCCAGAAGCAUUCUCUCCUGACGUUUUGCCCACAUCUAUGGCAGGCAUCCUCAGAGAUUGUGAGGUCUGUUGGAAAGUAAGCAAGUGGGAUUUAUAUAUCUGUGGAAGGUUCAUUAUAUAUCUGAUUCCACAGAUAUAGAAACCCCACUUGCCUAGUUUCCAACAGAUCUCACAAUUUCUGAGGAUGCCUGCCAUAGAAUGCAGGUGAAACGUCAUGAGAGAAUGCUUCUGGAACGUGGCCAUGCACCCCAGAAAACAAUCGACAAGCCAGUGAUUCCGGCCAUGAAAGCCUUCUACAACACAUUGCAAGCGAUUUUUUGUACUCUGGAGAGGUGAUGUGAUGUGUUUUCCUUUAUCAUAUCUGGAUUCAAAGUGUUGUGCUGAUUUAGUCGUAAAAGUAAAAGGAAACGAAAACCAGAUGGGUUGGAAUUGAUUUGGAUGGAGAGAGCCAGGAUUUUUUAAAUUAAAAGCCAAAUGGGGAAAAUUUGGGUAUAUUUGAAGGGCAUUUUAAGGGAAAUAACAGGUCGGGAUGAACUACUUGAGCAUCCAUUCCUGUUUUCCAAACCAAUAUGUUUUGGUUUUGAUUAUUUUAAAAGCAAACAGGUUUUGAUGAAGAGAAUGUAACUAAAUAAUGUCAGGACAUAAAAAGAGUGAAAGGGUAGCUCCUCUAAUUUACACUUCGGAGGAAAAAAAAAAGCAGUACACCCAAGCCACAUCAACAGCGACAGGAAGGACAACUCAUACAGACUACUCUCAUAUAUGCAGCCCAUCUCUCCCUCUUACAUUUCCAAGCCAUGCUUAGGCAUGUUUACUCGGAAGCAAGCAGUGGGGUUUAAUAUCCAUAUGGAUUGCAUCUUGAAGGGCAUUUUCGGAAUAUAUGGCAGUGUGGACUCAGAUAUCCCAGUUCAAAGCAGAUAUUGUGAAAUUUUCUGCCUUUAUAUUCUGCGUUCUAUGGAUGUAUGGAAGGGUCAUCAGAUUGGGGGAUCUUUGCCUCUUAGCAAUGGGAUGUUUUCACAAAAAAGUGUGAGGAGAGAGAGAGAAGGUGAGAAGGUGAGGGCAUGUGUCUCUGAGCUGAGAUCCAUCUCGCAAUUUAUAUUUGAUCAACACCUUUAUGAGGUUUUAACUAGACAGUCUUGCAUGUUGGGAUUGGUCUCCUGGCUAGCACAGCUCCCUCUGCCCCGGAAUAUAUUUCAAUUUCCUAGAACCAACCCAUCUUUUGCCCCUGGACUAAGCCUGCCUCUUGCGCGCGACCAGGAGAGAGGGCUUGCAAGGCUCUCUGGGAUCGGGACCCUGGAGAGCCGCGAGGCUCUUUGUGCCUGGUCCCAGGGCCCCUUCUUUGUUCUGCCUCCCUUUCCCUCUUGGGAACCAAGAGCCCCACUUCUCAGACCCCUGAAUAUCUGCCCAUCCUGAUAUAGAAAGAUGGAUAUUCCUGCCUGAUCCGCGUCAUUGUCUCCAGGACAAACAAAAAAAAGCGCCCGGGUUCAUACAGAGUGAAGGCGUCUUCUUCCUUGACGCCUUCACGUCGAGAGGCUGAAAAGCUUCUUUCCCUCUCCCUCUCCCACUUUUUUUCCACCGAAGUUCGGCUAAAUUGGAGAAGCAGGUUCAUCCAGAGGACACGUUUUUCUAUUGGUUUUGCCCGCAUUUCAGCCCGGGAGGAAUGACCUCUAAACCCUUAACCUCUUGGACCUAGAAGAGUCCCCCUGCCUCUUUUUUAUAAAAGAAAACCAGGGCCUACAGUUCUUGGGGCUACAAUCCUAAAGCUCCCCCCCCCCCCCGCUUAAAAAUAAAGGUUCCCAAGGCUCACGUUUCCCUUCGCUCCUUUCCAGAUCCUCGUCUCAACAGAAGCUCUGAGAUUAGUUUGGUUUACAAGGGGGGGGGGGGGGGGGAGAGGCGACUAUUGUUGACUUAAGGCUUGGGCCUCCAGUCGUUCGCAUCCCACUUGACUGCACGUGUUGUUUUGGGCAGGAAGUCCUCGGGCCUUGGCCAGGAGGCCCGGCUUCCCUUCCACAGCCCAGUCCACUCUGGUAGCUUGGUUCAGAGGCCAGUCCUUAAGGGGGGGGGGCAGUAAGUGCCUGGCCUUGUCCCAGUAGGUUCAGAAGUAGUCCUGAAUUAAAUGGAGUACCCCUUCGCAUCCGUGGCAAGAGUGAUAAUAAUCCUUAAUAGCGGUUAGGGAGAUGAUCAGGCAAAGGAGAGGGGUGCGUUUGUAUGUCGCAUUUUUGCCUUCUAAAGCUUCCUAAUAGGAAGUCAUGACUUCAACAGAGCUGUCCUCUGAUAAUCCUAAUGUGUAUUUGUUCAGUCAAAAUCCUCUAGGGCUGGAUCUACUAUACCAUAAUAUGGAGUCCAUAAUGCAGAUGAUUUUUAUUGAACUGGAUUAUAUGAGUGAAGUUCAAUGCAGUUAAUCUGCAUUCUGAAAUUGCAUUAUAUGGCAGUGUAGAUCCUACCUCAUUUUAAUAGGGUUGCUGUGAGUUUUCCAGGCUGUAUGGCCAUGUUCCAGAAGCAUUUUCUCCUGAGGUUUUGCCUGCAUAUAUAGCAGGCAUCCUCAGAGGUUGUGAGGUCUUUUGGAAACUAGUCAAGUAGGGUUUAUAUAUCUGUGGAAUGUUCAGGGUGGGAGAAAGAACUCUUGUCUGUUUGAGGCAGCUGUGAAUGUUUCAAUUGGCCACCUUAAUUAGCAUUGAAUAGCCUUUUAGUUUCAAAGUCCGGCUGUGUACUCUCUAGGGGAAUCCUUUGUUGGGAUGUGUUAGCUGGCCUUGAUUGAUUCCUGUCUGGAAUUCCUCUGUUUUCUUUAUUUACUGUCUUGAUUUUUGAGUUUUACUGAUAGCGAGAUUUUGUUCAUUUUCAUGGUUUCCUCCUUUUUGUUGAAAUUGUCCACAUGCUUGUGGAUUUCAAUGGCUUCAGUACCAGUAUUUAAAAACGCUAAAAUCAAGACAGUAAAUAAAAACACCACUCAGAAAACAGAGGAAUUCCAGACAUGAAUCAAUCAGGGUCAGCUAACACCUCCCAGCAAAGGAUUCCUUCAGGCAGUAAACAGCCAGACCUUGAAACUGAAAGGCUAUUUAAUGUUAUUCGAGGUGGCCAGUUAAAACAUUCGAACCUGCCUCAAAAAGACAGUUCUCCUACCCUGAACAUUUCACAGAUAUAUAAAUCCCACUUGCAUAGUUUCCAGCAUAUCUCACAACCCCUGAGGAUGCCUGCCAUAGAUGCAGGCGAAACGUCAGGAAAGACUGUUUCUGGAACAUGAUCAUACAGCCCGGAAAACUCACAGCAACCCAGUGAUUUCGGCCAUGAAAGCCUUCCACAGCAGCAGUCACAAUCCUCUAGGGCUGGAUCUACUAUACCAUAUUAUGCAGGUCCAUAAUGAAGAUGAACUGCAUUGAACUGGAUUAUAUGAGUGAAGUUUAAUGCAGUUAAUCUGCAUUCUGAAACUGUUGUAUGGCAGUCUAUAUCCAGCCUAAUUUUAAUAGUUAUCGCACCAACAAAUGUGGACAUGAAUCAGCAUGGUGUAGUGGUUUGAAUAAGGAAGAAUGGUGUAGGAGACUAAGGCCGCUUCCACACAGUUGAAUAAAAUCCCACAUUUUCUUCUCUGAACUGGAAUAUAUGGCAGAUAACCCAGUUCAAAGCAGAUAUUGUGGGAUUUUCUGCCUUGAUAUUUUAGGUCAUAUGGCUGUGUGGAAGGGCCCUAAGGUUCAAAUGCCCCUGUCACCAUGGAAACCCACUGGGUGACCUUGGGCAAAUCACACUCUCUCAUCCUCAGAUAAAAAUAUAACUCAACAUCCUCUGAAUUAAUCUUGCCAAGAUAUGUUCGCCUUAAAUUCCCAUUAAGUCAGAACACACACUGUGACAGCAGCAACAAAUGGGACAAGAUGGCAGCUUCAGGUUGAAUCAGAGAGCUGGGAGGUUACAAGUAUGCUUACAAGGACAUCAUUCCCUCUUGAACCCAGUGUCACUUACUUCCGAGUAAACAUGUCUUUGAAUGAGCCUGCCAAUGGGACAAAUUUGACUACAGGGUUGUAAUUCAUGGCUCUCCACUUAAAGGAAGUGAAUCCAGAAUGUGCGAAGAAAACAGAACUGGCCCAAAGUCCUUUGUAAUGUUAAUGUCCUCUUGGACAAAUGUUUGGUUCAAACUUUUAAAGUCUUGUUGAAGGGGAGGAGUUUCCUUUGAACAUGAUGGGGAGGGUGAGUGGGUGGGAAGGGGGAUCUUAAAUCCUGGUAUACUGGUUGCAUUUAUGUUGAGUCAACCCUUGAAAGAGAAUGAUGAAAGUGGCAAAGUAUCAAAGGAUUUCUUAUUUGAUGCAGUCGGAGAUGUGAACAUUUGGUCAAAAAUGAACCAAACAAGCCCCACACUUCCUUCUCUUUCAAAGAUGAUGGUGGUGGCAGUGAUCGUUCUUAAUUUAGCUGUAACUGCCCUUCUCCAAAGCAGGGAGGGGGCUGGAAUACCUUCCUCAUUACAGAUCCAACCUUGUAUGCUCCCUUGACCUUUGUGGUCAAACCCGCAUUGUCCAACGGUCUUUGUCUGUUGUUAUCUGAGAUGUUUUCUAGAUUUUGCCAAUGAUUUUGUUCCGUCCAUUUUUGCUGCCUCUGAUUAAAGAACUAUUUAUACAA